AUGAAGCCAACAUCUGUUACUCUUAGAACUCCUCUUAUUCACUUUCUCGGGAAGCGCACCGUUCCUGUCAACAUUGACCAUACCCCGAGACCUCAUCCAAUGUCACCAACAGGAAAGCUUCCUCCUUCAUUCUCUUCUUUCACUCCUUCUGCUGGCAUUGCUGCCUCUUCCGGCUCUACAGCUACUGCUCUGAAAUAUACUCCUCCUGCUCCUGGUGAGUAUGCGGCCAUUAAGGACCUGCCUGCGCGUUUCCGUUUCAAGACCCUUAGCGAUGCUGAAAUUGAAAACAUUAACGAGGGUGGUGCUUCCGUCUUGUUCUAA